GCUGCUCCACCCCAGCAUCAAAAGAACAGACUGGAAAUCAGCCGCAUGGUGUCCUGUUUAUAUGUUUGCAGAUAUGAUAUGAUAUGAUUUGCAGGCGUCAGAGUACUGGUACAAUAAAACGUCUUUAUGUAAAUAAUUUGAAUUCUCCAACUUGGAGGUUUCACGGAAAAGUGCUUAUCCAUCCAAAGCCAGUAAAUGUUAGUUGUUUUUUAAUUAUGCAUUUCAGUUAUAUCUUUUGAAAUUUCCGUUAAUUUCUAUAAUAAAGGCACACUAGGGUUUCGGUAAGUAUGACUCAAUGUGAAAUAGGGGCUGGUUUAAAGCUUAAAUGCGCCUAAUGGGUUUUAAGAAGGUGGAGGGGUGGGUAUAAAUUCUCAUGGCGCGUCUCUCGGUGUUCAGUUUUCACACAGUUGCUAAAGUCUGACGACGUAAGACAUCUGAAUAUUUUAAGUAUAAAACAACACAAAUAACAGCAUAGCAAAGACAACAUGUCAGUACAGAGCGCACUGCCUUUCCUGAAGCCCCUCCACAGCCACAGAGUUCCCAUCUCCCCAGGUCGCCAGCGCCGGCACACUCUUCCUGCCAGCGAGUUUCGUUCCCUCAACACGGAGGACGCCAUCAGUGUAUUCGAGAUAGAGAGAGAAGCUUUUAUAUCUGUGUCUGGGGAAUGUCCUCUUCAUCUGGAUGAGGUCCGACACUUCCUAACCCUCUGUCCUGAGCUUUCUUUGGGCUGGUUUGAACAGGGAAGGCUGGUCGCUUUUAUCAUUGGGUCACUCUGGGACCAGGACCGUCUUACCCCUGAUGCAUUGACUUUGCAUAAGCGUCAUGGGACUACUGUCCACAUCCAUGUGCUGGCAGUCCAUCGGACCUUUCGCCAGCAGGGCAAGGGAUCCAUCCUGCUGUGGCGUUACUUACAGUAUCUCCGCUGUCUACCAUAUGUCCGCCGUGCAAUGCUCAUGUGUGAGGACUUCCUGGUGCCUUUUUACCAGAAGUCUGGCUUUAAGGUGCAGGGUCCUUCUGAGAUCAUUGUAGGGCAACUCAGCUUCAUUGAUCUGUAUUAUCCUGUGCAGGGACAUGCAUUUAUGCGCCGUAACAGUGGCUGUUAAUGGAUUCACUAAUUUGUGUGGGGAGGGGGCCCCCAAAAUACUAAGAAAUGAAUCAGUGGUUGUGUUGAAGCAGCUUUUUGUUCAUAAAUAUCUUGUGGUGUUUCGCUUCGUGUUUGUCCACGUAGGCCCUAAAAUGGUCAGAAUUGUUAAAAAACGGUCCGAAAAAGAUGAAGCAAGGAACAUUGGAACAUAAAUGUGUCUCACCCCACAACUUGAACUAAUUUAGUAAUUGUCAACUUUUUGUUUAUCUUAUGAGACAGUUUAACUGAUAGACUACUUUUAUCACUAAUAAUUAUGUGUGGUACAGUAUUUAUUGAUUUUUCUUAGUUUUUUUAUUCAUUUUUUAACUUUAUACUUUUAUGGCAGAUAACCUUUGUGUUGUGAGAUCCGAAAUUUGAAAGAUAAGGUAGGGCCUUUUCUGUAAAUAGUUCUAAUUCAAGCUAGAUUUUGUGUCCAUUGUGUUGUGGCUGCUUUAAAUGUGUAAGCAUUAAAAUAGCAUCAACUGAACCCUUUUUUUACUGUAUUCUCUUAUGAACAAAGCCAUAUAGCACAAAGUAUUGGCUGGUAUGUCUGUAAGUGCCAAUGUGAUUAACUUAUUAACUUAACUAAUUUAUAAUCUCAUAAAGGCAGCUUGGUUUGUCAGACACAACCUAGAAAAGCAUUUCUAUAUAGAUUAUGAUUUCUUCAGAGUUUUUGUUGAAAAACAAUUUAUCACCCAAAUUUAUGCUGGGUCAUCUCUGAGAUGUUUAGGUCUGGUUUCCAUUUGCCUUUCCCUUUAGAAACCUACCACCCAUGCCUCCACGGUCUUGAAACAAGACACUGAUGAUUUGUACAUUUUAUAAGUAAAUAAAUAU